UCCGUACAGCAGAGGGCGACAUGCAGUUUAUAGCUUUUAUUAGUUACUAACAACUGAAGAAGACCUGAGCGUUCUUGUGAAGAAGUGACCAACUGCACACAGUCUGUAUAUCGCUGGUGACGGGUGCGCUGCUGUCUGUAGCUUUCAGCCCAUGACAGUAACCGAGGAGAAACCUUUCGAUUUCGUCUUCUGCUUUACUCGGCCGAUCAGCAGCUGGCAUUCAAUGUUAGCGCUUAGCAUUAGCACAUCGCGGACUCACCGUUAACUCCCUGGAGCGAGCAGCAGUGGGACAACAACACCACCAGGCCUUCGUCAGGGGCGGCUCCUGUAGUGCAGUGGAGGGGCAGGAGGGAAAGCCAGUAGGCAGAGAGACAGCAAAGAGGAGCAAGACGCAGAAUGCCUCUGUUCUUCAAGAAGAGGAAGCCCAGCGAUGACUCCCAAAAGAGACUGGAAUAUCAGCUGUGCCGGUCUAAGGAGGCAGGUGCUGAUGACAUCCUGGAUAUCUCAGCUUGUGAGCUCUCAGAGGUUCCCUCAAGUGCCUUUUCCAUUUGCAAGGUUCUACAGAAGAAGGUCUUUAUCAUCCACAACAAUGAGCUGAAGUCCCUGCAGCCCAAAGGAUGUGACAUCAGUGCCCUGUCCACUUUAAAGGUUUUGGAUCUGCAUGAAAAUAAGAUCGUCUCGCUCCCAGAAGACAUUGGGAAGCUGACAUCACUGCAGAUUCUGAAUGUGGAGAAGAAUCGUUUAAAGGUGUUGCCAGAUUCCCUUGGGGACCUGCAGCUUCUGCAGACACUCAAUUUGAAGGGUAACUGUCUCAGUGAGCUGCCGUCAUCAGUUGGCUCUUUGAGGAGCCUGCGCUCCCUGGACCUGAGUGAAAACAACAUUGUCCAGCUCCCCAAACCUCUGGCCUACAUCCGCACGCUAGAGAGCUUUACACUUGAUGCUGCCAUGAUGACCUACCCACCUGCAUCUGUGUGCACAGAAGGCACAGAGAGCAUUCAACGGUUCCUAUGCACAGAGCUGGGAGAGGAGUACUGCCCACCAUCCCAGUAUCUCCUGCCAGUGCUGGAGAAUGACUGUGCCAAACAGAACUGUGACCAGUGGGAUGGUUUGGAGGAGGCCUGGAAGAACAAAUUCAGUGACUAUGAGAAGAGAAAGGAGCAGAAGCAGCAGGAGAAGCUGGCCUUUGAGCAGCACCUCGUGGAGAGGCAGAAGGAACACACCCAGCUUGUGCUCAUGAACACCUCCCGCAAGGAGAACAUCCUCAACUCAGUUCGACAGGAGCAGGAGCGUUUGGAGCAGGGAGUCAGCCUACAGCAGAGGGCUCAGGAGGCCGAGAGGCUGCUUGUGCUGGAAAAAGUGAGACAAGCUGAAGACGGCAUUAGCAACCGUAUCAGCAACAUGCUGAUGGACAACCAGCGGCAGAAAAAGAGCACUGAGUUUCUUCAAGCCAUGGAGGAAGAUCGGAUCCGUAUGGAGCAUCUCACUGCCAUCACACAGGAAGAGGCCACUUCACUGAGGAAGAGGGAGGUGGCAGUGGCCAUGCAAAAGAUGCUGUCAUACAGCUGUGCUAUGAACCUCCUUCAGGAAGCCAGCGACUUUCGCAGACGGAGCCUGGUCUCUGAGGCCAACAGGAGUAUGGAGAAUUUGGACAAGAAAUUCGAUAAGAUGCUCUCCCUCCAAGCUUUGGACAAAUCUAAAGCCAUUGCCCACAUCUUGCAAGAGGAGGAGAUGCAGAAAGCUGCGUUCCAGGCAUUGCAGCUGCAGAAAGAUGCUGUACACGGCUACAUCCGCAGCCAGAUCAAGCUCAUAGAGGGUGAAUUGAUGCAACUGACUAAACUUGAAAUUAAAAGACGCAACCUGGAUGCUGAGAACCUGCAGGAGGUUCUGGUGGAGCAGCGCACAGCUCUCAGUGAUUUGUUGCAGCAGCUGCUGAAGCAGAGGGACCAGAGAGAGCAGGAGCUGCGGCAGAUUCUGGCGGAGCUGGAGCAGAAGUGUGAGUCCAACCAGCAGAACUACUGGAUGAUCCAGUAUCAGAGGCUGCUGGAUGCCAAGCCAAUGUCACUGCGAAUGCAGGAAGCGGGCAUUGAGAAAGAGCUGGUGAACCUGUUGUGUAAACUGUCGGCUCAACAUUACCUGCCCAUCCUGGCUCACCAUCGAGUGACAACUGAGGCCCUUCGCCACAUGAGCUCCUCUGACCUCAAGAAGCUUGGCAUUACUGAGUUAGGAAUCCAGAAAGCUCUUCUGAACUGGGCCAAGGAACACCAACCGGAAGCAGGAGCUUGUAAGGCGGUCCCUCAGGAUGAGGCAGCAGAAGUCAUCCCCACAGCUCCAUCUCCUUCCUCCCCUCCUCCUUUUCCCAAUACAUCGGCUGCCCAGAUCCCCAGCCCACCACUCACCCCAGGAACCCCUGUCACUCCUGCAGGGCCCAGCCCCGUGGGGGGUCCAGGGAGUUCUGAGUGUGUGGUCUGCAUGGAGACCGAGGUAAGAAAAAAAUGA